AUGAGCAUUCUACCAGCAAGUUCAGCUCUUCCUCUCUCCCCCAUUCUGAUGCUAUGCUUCUUCAUCUUCAUCUGCUAUAAGCUCUUUCCCAAGAUCAUCCCUCACCCCAUCAUGUCCAAUUACAUAAUUCCAACCGCUGCCCAUCUGACAUGGGCAUGGGAUUUCUUGCUUCACUAUUCUCUCUUUCCUAAUUCUCAUCACAAUACGAAUGUGCCGGAAAAUGGUGACCAGGGACUAGGCCUGGGGCUCUACAAACCUGAGCCGGGGUCGAAGGAGGCAGUAGAUUGUGUAGUGUGCCUAUGCAAGAUUGAAGAAGGAGAAGAGAUAAGAGAGUUGAGGUGUGGUCACAUGUUUCACAGAGAUUGCCUGGACAGAUGGGUUAGACAGAGAAACGGAACAUGUCCCUUGUGUCGAGGUUGUCUUGCCCCUCCAAGAAUGGUGAAUGAGGCGGGAGAGGAAGCGAUAGUUUUCAACUUUUGUUCAUUCAGUUCCAGUAGUCGCACUGUGUGGUGGCUGCGCUAG